AUGAAGAUUACCACCUGUCUCUCUAUGGCCGCAAGCCUCACAAUUUCGCCAGCCCUGGCCAACUCCUGCGCUCCUUUUCCGUCCUCCAUUGUUUCGUUUUCGAGUGAUUUCAAACAGCCAGAACUGCCGCUGGUCAAGUCCGAAUUUCAGACUCAAUUUGUCCAACAUAAAUGGCAAGUCAAACAAAGCAAAGCCUGCCUAACUGCUACCAGGAACCAAAACUUGUCUCACAUCACAACCGGAUACAUAGUCAACUCUCCUUCCAAAGGCUUCGUUCGGGUCGAUCAAGCAAACGAUGAGGGCUUUGGGACCUCGCUAUUCAAUUAUGCAAACGUCACUCAAGAUGGUCAGGUCGACAAUAUCCUAAGAAUGUAUACCGCCAACUCUACAACUCCGGACAUCUGGCAGGGUUAUGUGAACUCGAACUUCCCCAUCUUUCAGGAAGACAUCCUGGUCCAGGCUGGUGCGGUGUUUAGCGGCCUUGUGAAGAGAACCUUUUGGGCUGGUCAAGUUGCCGCUUGGAACAUUAUGUACCAGGGAGUGAUUCCUGUGACCGUAUUCGUCAACACCUGCAAUGUUGUCGUUGGGUAUGACUACUUCGCUCCUGUGGAGAGAACUCGUGUUAUCACCGAGUUCUUCGACCUCAAGGCUUGA